GUUCGUUAGCAGGGAUCCAGCUGGUAGUGUUACAUAUGCGAGAGGAAAGUGACGAAAUAAUUUUUUGAAGUUUAGAAGCUGUAUUUUGGAGAUAAAAAGAGAUGUUUCGAUAUAUUGGAGUACGUGGUUUGUCUCCAUAUACACAGAUUAAGGGUGCAGUAAGAUGGAUGUGUGACGUCGCAACCAAUGCAGGGGAAGCCAGACUCGCAGAGAUCCUCAAGCAACGUUUUCCACAGGCUACUGGCGUUGAAGUUAGAGACAUUUCAGGUGGUUGUGGAGCAAUGUAUGAAGUAUGGGUAGAAGCCCCCGAUUUCAAAGGCCUUUCUCGAGUAAAACAGCACAAACUAAUCACCCAGACCUUAAAAUCAGAAAUCCAGGAUAUGCAUGGUCUCCGCAUCAGCACUACAGUACCAGAGGAGUCAUAGCUAUUACUGUAACUGCAGCUAUUACAGAAAUCACAUUUUACUUAAAACUGUGACAGCCACUUCGAAAGCAGGUCAAGUGAAGAAUCCAAUUUUUUUUCUCUUUUGGGAAAAAAAUCAUAAAACUCAGAGAUUAAUUAGAAUGCAUUUUAGAUUAAUACCUAUAUUGUGUGUGGGGAUUUUUUUUUUUUUUUUUUUUUACAUAUUUUUCAUCUUGUUGAAAAUGUUUUAUGAAGUGUAAAAAUAUGUAAUGCCUUGUUUUUCUUUUGUAAAUAAAUAGUUAUUUUUUG